UUUCUUUCUCCGUUUCAAUCAUUUCUCCUUUUGUUUCCUCUCUGUAAACAAAUAUAAGAGCAUUUAGAUCACUAAAAUAGUGAUCUAAAAUCUUUUAUAUUUCUUUACAGAGGGAUUUUUUUGUUUCUUUCUUAGUUUUAUCGGUUUUGUUUUUUCUUUGUUUCUUUCUCAGUAUUCACAGUUUUCAUUCUGUUGCACUGGUUUUAAUUAGUUUUCUGUGUUUUGUUGUUUCUUUUGUCGAUUUUCAUUGGUUUUUUCUCUCUCUUUCCAUAUAGGGCAGGAAUAUAUUUUUAUAAACGUUCAACAUUUUCAAAUUAUACAGUACAUUUUUGGUAUACAUCUGAAAGAUUUUUCAGUUACAAGAUUAAUAAUUUUUUAAAUAUAGAUUUUGAUGUCAACCUUUUAUAUACACGUUCAAUAUUCUUCGUAUUUUUUUUGAUAGACACACCAACUAUCAAAAUUCGAAGAGGGCAAACAAAUCUAGCGAUACAAACUUUGGCAUGCUCUUCCCCGAUGCCAGACUCAUUGAGGUGAGAAGGUGCCAAAGAAAACUUAUUCAACACGCCACACCACCGCCACCACCUUCUGGAAACAAAACCUAAUAAGGAAAAUAAAAAUAAAAAGGUCCAUCAUUUUUUGUUUUUAAACACAGUACAGACACAAGCACUCAUACAUACGCGCAAACACUCAUCGCUAUGAACGCAUACACGCACAUCCUACCCUUAUAAGCAUCUUCAAAAGACUAAGCCGACAUAUCAUCUUCAGAUUUACGAAGUCAUCGUAGGCGCUUCGUGAGAACAUCUUCUUUCACUAAAAGCACAUGCAGGAAUAAUGCGAACAUCAAGAAUUAAAACUUGGUGGGCUGAAAUAUCACAGUCCCUUUAACCAUUCAAUCAUAUGUUGGUUCAUCAUCAUUUUUUGUUUUAAGUAGAACCUUUGGUCUAUAUUUAGACUCCGAACCGAAACUGGCGGGCGAGAACCGAGGAGUCCCCAAGCCACGCCACUCCACCCCAAUUUCCAUGUGAGAGCCGAGGACCCAAGCGAGAGCGGAGGACCGACAUCCGGAUCUGCAUCCUGCCGCUCAACUCGACCGCGCGUUCACCCCACAGGGACUCACGACGAAGAGAAUCGAUGGUGCACGGAACGCUGGAGGUGCUGCUCGUCGGCGCCAAGGGCCUCGAGAACACCGAUUUCCUGUGCAAUAUGGACCCGUACGCACUUCUCAAAUGCCGCUCGCAGGAGCAGAGGAGCAGUAUUGCAUCAGGCAAAGGUAGUAACCCUGAAUGGAACGAAAGCUUUGUCUUCACCGUGUCAGACCAAGCUACGGAGCUGGUGAUCAAGCUUAUGGACAGCGACUCGGGCACAUCGGACGACUUCGUUGGUGAAGCAACGAUUCCCUUGGAAGCAGUUUAUACGGAAGGGAGCAUUCCACCAACAGUUUAUAAUGUUGUGAAAGGUGAACACUACUGUGGAGAAAUCAAAGUCGGUCUCACAUUCACUCCCGAGGAUGUUCGCCAGCGCGGUCUCCCCGAAGACUUCGGUGGCUGGAAACAAUCGCAUUGAGCAGAUUCGGAAGAACAAGGAUGCUCGUCAAGCCUUGAGGCCUUGAAUCACCAUCUCAUGCAAAUACAAUACGAAACUCAGUCAAUUUUUCCUCGAACCAAAAAACUCACUCACUUUGGAUUUUUAUCUGUUCCUUUUGAGCUGAAAGUCAGUCUGGCUUCAUCAAUCAUGUUAGAAGUACUAGUACUACUCGUGAAUUUAAACUGUAGAUAUCUGCAAUUCCUGCAUUAAGUGUCUUCUUAGUACUGGAAAUAAUAGUGUACGUACUGUUUA